AUGGCGGACCGACUCCCGACUUCGUCCUCUUCUGGACGCAGGCGACGUGAAGCCGACGCCACCAUCGGGGAUUUCGUGAUAGGCGGCGAAAUCGGCAAGGGCAGCUUUGCACAGGUGUAUAGUGGCUACCACAAGAGUUCCAAAGCUACAGUGGCUAUUAAAUCGGUCGAAAUGGGACGUCUGAACAACAAGCUUAGGGAGAACCUGUACGGCGAGAUCCAGAUUCUCAAGACACUCCGUCACCCUCACAUCGUCGCAUUACACGACUGCGUCGAAUCCGCCACACACAUCAACCUCGUUAUGGAGUACUGUGAACUGGGUGAUCUGUCGCUCUUCAUUAAAAAGAGAGACAAGCUCAGCACAAACCCCGCUACUCACGACAUGGCGAGGAAAUACCCCGUCACGCCGAACUCGGGACUCCACGAAGUAGUCACACGCCACUUCUUGCAACAACUCGGCAGCGCUUUGAAGUUUUUGCGGGAAAAGAACUAUGUCCAUCGAGAUGUCAAACCCCAGAACCUGCUCCUUCUACCGUCGCCCAGGUUCAGAGAAGAAAACUCCCGCCCCAUUCUGACGGCCAGCCAGGAUUCCUUGAUUCCAAAUGCCGGAUUAGCUUCCUUGCCCAUGUUGAAGCUUGCGGAUUUCGGGUUUGCCCGUGUCCUACCCUCGACUUCACUCGCCGAUACUCUUUGCGGAUCACCACUUUAUAUGGCCCCUGAGAUCCUUCGCUAUGAGCGAUACGAUGCCAAGGCCGAUCUCUGGUCAGUAGGUACAGUAUUGUACGAAAUGAUCACUGGACGCCCUCCUUUCCGAGCUAGAAACCACGUUGAGUUGCUCCGGAAGAUCGAAGCCGCCGAAGACCGGGUUAAGUACCCUAAAGAUCUAGUAGUCAGUAAAGAGUUGGUCAAGCUCAUCGGGAAGCUCCUUACACGGAGCCCUGUCGAGCGUAUGAGAUUCGAGGACUUCUUCAACGAUCCCAUCGUAGCCGGCCCCAUCCCAGGUGUGGUGGAGGACGAUAUUCCCAAGUCAGAGCCCAAAGCCACGAGAGACCUUCGAUCUCUGGGCAGGUCUGAUUCAACAUCAUCGGUGUCCCGACGGUUGUCGCUUCGUCAAAAGGCUGAAAAUGAACCAUUGCGCGAAGGUGGCGAAGCAGCAAAGUCGCCCCGUGAGAAACCUUUGAGAUCCCCUAAGCUGACCAGUCCCAAUGAAGGACGCGCUCAACAAACGGCAGCCGAUACUCCGUCUCGUGUAAGCCAGUCACCAGGUCAAGAUGCCGCAGAGGGCCUCGGAAUUCGACGCCCUCCGAUGCCACAGCCUUCCAGCUCUGCACCUGCUCGGCCACAUAGGCUUUCCAAUGCGUCUCUCAAUCGGCCCUCCGCUCGCUCAUCUGCCUCCCCGCCAACGUCUUACUUGAACGACAAUUCUCCCAGAUAUAAACUCCGUCCUGUCACUGAGAAAAGCAUAACAGAACAAGAAAAGGCGGCCCAAGAUGUUGCUUUUGAGAGGGAUUAUGUUGUUGUCGAAAAGAAGCAUGUGGAGGUGAAUGCUUUUGCGGAUGAAAUGGCAGCCAACCCCCGUCUUACAACCGUGUCGCCCAAAACUGGCCAGAUAAUUCGCAGGGCAACGCAGCAGGGCCCUCCAAAUUCAACCACCGGAGCAGGACGUGUGCAACCUUCGAAUGCUGUGCAGAUUGCUCAGGGCAAGGGGCGUUCGGGCCAUGAUCACCGCGAGUCUUUCGACGGCAAGAACUUCUCAGCCAGUCCAACCACUCAAGGGUUCAUCGCCAAGGCCAUUUCAGACGCAAGUGUCCGUCUCUUUGGCUUCAAGGUGCCACAACAUGUACUGGGCAGCAAGGGUGCCUCCCCCCCUCUCUACAGUCCUUUCCCCGCCUACCCGACGCCUUCUGGGCCCACUGGGCUGAUCGGCGACGGCAGGCAAAAUGCUCCGGCUGAUGAAGACGCGCGGACCGUGAAGCUCAUCCAGGACUUCGCCCAUCGCAGUGACUGCGUGUACGGUUUUGCCGAGGUGAAGUACAAGCAGCUUUUCCCUCUUGCCCCGUCGAUGGAUCACGGACUUGGUGGUACCCCCACCGAUCAGAUGACUGGCGAAGAGGAUGGCCUUACCAAUGAAGCCGAAGUUCUCCUGUCAGAGGAAGCUCUGGUUCUCUACGUCAAGGCACUGACACUGCUGGCUAGGGCAAUGGAUGUUGCAAGCCUAUGGUGGACACGGAAGACUCGAGGUGAUUCAACGGGAGUGUCCGCGGCCGAGGUGUCUAAGGAAAGCCUUGCUCAGCGGAUUAACUCAACUGUACAGUGGGUUCGAGGCCGCUUUAACGAAGUACUGGAAAAAACCGAGGUCGUUCGGCUCAAACUUAUUGCUGUGCAGCAGAAGCUCCCUGAAGAACACCCAAGCCAUCCAAGUAACCAUGGCGGAGAAUCCGCCUCUUCGACCACUUCAGGCACGAGGGAUGUCUACCUCACGCCUGGUAUUAGUGCCGAGAAGCUGAUGUACGACCGAGCCCUCGAGAUGAGCCGAACGGCUGCCAUUGAUGAGAUUACAAACGAGAACCUAGAGGGUUGCGUUACCUACUACGUUACGGCUAUUCGCAUGCUUGAGGCUGUUUUGGACAACGAUGAGGACACGGUCAAGCGGCGGUAUUCUAGCUCGGGCAGAGACGUUACCCGAGAAGAGGUAUCUAGCGAUUUGGACAGCGACGACCAACAAGUUGUCAAUCGAAUGAUUCAAAUGAUCACCGCCCGCUUAUCCACUGUCCGCAAGAAGAUGGCUAUGAUUGCCGAGGCAUCUCGCUCUCAACAAGCUGCACAGCUUCCGGUUCGGAAGCGAAGCGGAGACGUCACACCACGUAGUGUGCCUUCAUACGCCUCCUAG